CUGCGCAAAGUAGAAAGUCUUCACCACCUGAAGUUUUAACUGAAGCGAAAUACCUAAGAAAAAACAAAACCCUCUCCUCUGCAGCACAGCGAUGGAGCAAACCGAGGUGGUCAAACCAGAAACCCUGGACGACUUGAUAAAAAUCCUGCACAGCAUCUUCGAGAGUGACUGCAUCAAUGUUGAGGAGGUUCAGAAUAUAAUGGAGUCAUAUGAGAGCAAUCCUCAGGAGUGGAUGAAGUAUGCAAAAUUUGACCAAUACAGAUACACGAGGAACUUGGUUGAUGAGGGUAAUGGGAAGUUCAAUCUCAUGGUUCUCUGCUGGGGUGAAGGCCACGGCAGUAGUAUCCACGACCACACAGAGUCCCACUGUUUCAUGAAGCUCCUGCAGGGUCAGCUGAAGGAGACGCUGUUCAAGUGGCCAGAGAGCAAAUCACACGGUGAUAUGGUCCAAAAGUCACAAAGAAUUCUUCAGGAAAACAAGGUUGCUUACAUAAAUGACUCCAUUGGUCUGCAUCGUGUGGAAAAUGUCAGCCACACUGAGUGUGCAGUAAGUUUGCAUUUGUACAGUCCCCCUUUCGAGACCUGCCAGACAUUUGACCAGCGGACAGGACACAAGAACGCUGUCAAGAUGACCUUCUGGAGCAAAUAUGGAGAAAGGACUCCAUUUGAAACCACAGUUUCACAAGAGAACAACUAAAGGCCACCAAAAGAGACUCCAGAUGAUGAAGACAUUUAAAGUGACAAUGUUAUGAUAUUGAUUCAACGAGAAACUGCUGGUGAAGCGAAAAUGUGGACCUAUGACUAAGCUACCCAUUUAAAAAUCAGGAGUGGGCUAGUUCAAAAGGACGACCCAGUAAUUAGAAUGGCUUUAUCACUGCCCAGUGUGAGCUUGGCAAAUACUGAUGAGCACAGGACGAAUGCAUGAAUAGGCUUGGACAUGGAUUGAAUCUGCCUUUUGUUUGCUGGGCCUGAGGAGACCCUUUUCCAAUAACAACAUUCCUGUCUAUCCAUGACCUGUGUAACCACACUGUUGUGACGUUAUGGCCUAUAGUCAAAGACUAGACCUUUAGAUUUUCCUAAAUUUUAUGUAUUUCUAGAUAGGGGGGGGGGGAUCUUAAAUCGGUUUUGAUCUCAAUGAUGUACUUUUAUAGUUGUAUGUACUGUUGAUUCAUGCCACUGACAAUUGUCUUAACACCUGUUGAAAAUUGUAAUGAAAUGUAGUGUUGUUUGUACAGUCUAACAAGUGUUUUGUUUUUUUUUGUUUUUUUUUCUCUUUUUGCAUUUGGAGAAUUAGUUGUAAAGGUUUAGAGCCGUGUUGUUUUUAAAGUGUCAUGCUUGUAAUUUAUUUGCAGGAUCUUACGUACACUGAAAGAGUGUUUAAAUCGGCUCUUAAAUGUGUUCAUAUUAAAGGUUUGACCAGGGGAAGUGAAGCGACUACUUUUAUUGGCAGAAAAUAUAUUUAGGUUACUUUCUCUCAGGAUUUUAGCAUAUUGUGAUUGUAACUGUAUUUGUUUAGUGUUUAGCUUCACAGCAAACCACUUCUUAUAGUGCUGUCAACAUGCUAGAGUUUUCUGAUGCAGUAAUUGAUAAAUCUGGCCAUAACUGUAGUCCAUUAAACACCUUUACUCUUUCAGAAGGU